AUGGCCUGCCAAUCUCCCGUCGACCUUCUGCCUCCAGAGAUUGUCUUGAGCAUCUUUAGCUGGCUGGAUGCGACCCCGCCCUCCGAGACAAACUUGUACGACCAGCCUAGCGCCGUCAUGCUGCGAGGCAGCCCAGGGAGCGUCAACCUCAAGCAGGCUUCCCUGGUGAGCAAGACCUGGCGUACGAUGGCUUUGCCUAUGCUAUUCGAGCACGUGGCAUGGAUACCUCAUGUCUCAUCGCUGUCGGCGUUCACACUCAACCCUAUUCCGUUGUUGCGGUUUCUCGAAGAGCAAGGCCUGAGCCGGUUCGUGACCACGUUUACGCUUCUAGUCGACUUCGUUGAUAGAGAUGCCGAGUCGCACGACUUGUCACCGCAAAUUCGACCCGUAGACUUGGAGUGGCUCUUCGACCAGAUCUUCUCGGUCCUGGACCCUCUGCGGUUUACAGUCAUAGCACCUCCGACUACACUUGCUGCAUUCAUGUCUCGCAUGCUGUUUCUGGAAGAUGCAUGGUCCUUCAGUAUCCCAUAUCAUGUCUUGUCUCUGUCGAGACCCGCCAGGGUCAGGCACUCCGAUGGCAUGAUUCACACCGACAUUUCGAGCAUGUCCAAAAAGUCGCAGCCGCCAGCACCACCACCGAAUACCUCGAGGUCGGCGGCACAGCCAACUCGCACCAACACAAGAGGCCAUCUUCACAUCUCGCGGCGAGCGAGACCGCCAGUAUGUCCAUUGUUCACGAUUCGCCCGUGGACAUCAUUACUUCUGAAUGAGGGCUCCUCUACCAAGGUGUAUCGUACAUAUGAGUUCUUUUUACGACAGCCACCGUCCAUGCUCUCUGCUCUGCUUGGGUGCGGAGAGUAUCCCAACGACCAGCCCUUGGUUCCAGCGUCCGUCGUGGAGUUCAGCUACAUUGCCGUGUUCCCGCUAUCUUCGCACUUCGCCACACUUGUACGACACCUGCCACGGGUGAAGCGGUUAUAUGUGCAGCUGGCUCCGUUGGAGGGCAGCCGAGCGUUUCUCGACGACCGUCGGGAGAUGUCACAGAUAGAUCCAGCCGACUUAUGGAUGGAGCGCGACAUGAGCUACGGCUUCGUGGUUCGCAAGAUGGUCGCUGCCGCGAAUGCUGCUGCCGCUGCCGAAGCCGCCGCCGCUGCUGCUUCUGCUGCUGCUGCUGAUGCUGAGCAGGAUUCGGACCAUUACGGCAGCGGGCAAGUCAGCGACAGCGAUGACGCGGACACCACUGCUGACUGGGCCGGGGUGACGGGUGUGCACUUUGGCGACAUCAGCAGUGUCAGCACGACCCUUGGCAACGUCAACAACCGAAACUGGGCGGAGCUCGAGGUGUUUGAGAGCGGAGAUGCGGCCAUCGACGCCGAGGCGUGGGACAUGGCGGUGCAGGCUCUGGACCAUCAAAGUGGUUCUGUGCGCUGGUGGAAAGUGCAAGAUCGGGGAAGGAUAGUCAGAGUGAAGAGGUGA